GUUAUCAAUAGGUUCCUGCGGGAAAACCUGGCUGCGCCGGCGCACGCGGGUGCUUUAAGGCAACCUGAUCACAGCAACCCACUUGUCCUCCGCUUCCCGGAUCCUUAAGGCCGUCGCUUCGGGUGGUAAAACCCGGCCCGCCCUCACGUCAUCUUGGGAAGUGUAGUUCCAACUUCCUCCGGAUAUAGGGGCGCGGGCGGCUUGGAACUGCAUUUCCCAGAAGGCUGCGCUCGCCGUUAGAGCAGCCUGAAGACUGGCCGGUGGGGUGAACCCCUCAUCCUGGUUCUCUUAAUUUCUCAGGCGGAAUGAGUGGCGGCGGACAGAGGCUUUUGGCGGCGCUGUCUGUGGGUUGCCUGGGUUUACGGAUCUGGGCACAGAGACUGUGGUGCCGGUCAUAUAGCUCUGCCUUCAGUCGUGGGGCAAAAAGCUGAGGCGCUUCUCCUUUAAUUGAGGUGGGCGUGGCGUGGCGAAGCGACCCGCGUUGCUAUUGGUGGUCGUUGGGGGCGCGGAAACUGAACAGAUUGCAACGGCCACCGCUUUAGCCUCCGGUGCCGCCAGCCCCGCCAUGGCUGCGCCCUGCGCGGAGGACCCCUCGCUGGAAAGGCAUUUUAAGGGCCACCGAGAUGCAGUUACCUGUGUGGACUUCAGUAUCAAAACAAAGCAGCUGGCCAGCGGCUCCAUGGACUCAUGCCUCAUGGUCUGGCACAUGAAGCCCCAGUCACGCGCCUACCGCUUCACUGGCCACAAGGAUGCUGUCACCUGUGUGAACUUCUCUCCUUCGGGACAGCUGCUUGCCUCCGGCUCUCGAGACAAGACUGUUCGCCUCUGGGUACCCAAUGUCAAAGGUGAGUCAACCUCGUUUCGUGCACACACAGCCACCGUGAGGAGUGUCCACUUCUGCAGUGAUGGCCAGUCCUUCGUGACAGCCUCUGAUGACAAGACAGUCAAAGUGUGGUCAACUCAUCGCCAGAAAUUCCUGUUCUCCCUGAGCCAGCACAUCAACUGGGUCCGCUGUGCCAAGUUCUCCCCUGAUGGGCGGCUCAUUGUGUCUGCCAGUGAUGACAAGACUGUCAAACUCUGGGACAAGAGCAGCCGGGAGUGCGUCCACUCGUACUGUGAGCAUGGCAGCUUUGUCACCUACGUGGACUUCCACCCCAGUGGUACGUGCAUUGCUGCUGCUGGCAUGGACAACACAGUGAAGGUGUGGGACGUGCGGACUCACCGGCUGCUGCAACAUUAUCAGUUGCACAGCGCAGCUGUGAACGCGCUCUCUUUCCACCCAUCGGGAAGCUACCUGAUCACAGCCUCUAGUGACUCAACCCUGAAGAUCCUGGACCUGAUGGAGGGCCGGCUGCUCUACACACUACACGGGCAUCAGCCUGCAGGGAGAGUGACGGAGGCCUUUCCCUGUGACCUGGACAGCUUGCUGGGCCUGGGACUGGUGCAGCUGAGAAGGGGACCAGCCACCACUGUUGCCUUUUCAAGAACUGGGGAGUAUUUUGCUUCCGGAGGCUCUGAUGAACAAGUGAUGGUUUGGAAGAGUAAUUUUGAUGUCGUUGAUCAUGGAGAAGUCAUGAAAGUGCCAAGGCCUCCAGCCACGCUGGCCAGCUCUGCAGGGAAUCUGCCAGAAGUGGACUUCCCUGUCCCGUCAGGCAGAGGCAGGAGUGUGGAGUCUGUGCAGAGCCAGCCCCAGGAGCCCGUGAGCAUGCCCCAGACGCUGACCAGCACUCUGGAGCACAUCGUGGGCCAGCUGGACAUCCUCACUCAGCUUGGGAUCAUGGGCUAAGUGAGAAAAGCUCUUGCAGGAUGUGUCAUCAGAGCCCAGCUGGGACAGCACACCUUGGGCCCACUGAAGAAAGCAUCUUGAUGGGAAAGGCCAGCUGUCAUGACUGGGGGCUGUGGGACUCCAGGGCACCGUGUACAGACCUUGCUGAGAGCCUGCUAAGCCGAGAAGAAGGCAUGUGUUGAGAGAGAUGUGAGCAGCAUGCAAAGACUUAAAAAACCAUCCCUCUUCAAACCCGUCAGCAACUGCCUAAUGUUUUUCACAGCCUCGUCAAGUGAGAGAUUAGGGGAGGUGGAAUCAAUUAGAACUUUAUAGGAUAAAAUUGGAAAUUAAGUCUGAGAAGGUGGUUAAAAAUAGCUUCAUUGGAUCCAGAGGAGUAUAACACUAAAAACAUUUCCUGUCACUGUGUUUUAGGGGUGCACAUGAAAGGUUUUGUUAUGUGUUCACAGUUAGGAGUAUGAUAGUAACUUUUAAGAAACUUGCAUCACAGAGAAUAAGUGAAGGCUGGCCUGUGGCCUUUGGCCCAUGGCUGGGUGUCUGGAUGUCUUAAUCCCUCUGUGACACCCUGGUCCUACCUCACACCAUUCAGCCUGUUUGCAACUCUGAACAGCAGGCCACCCCCGACCAGAUGCCAACAAUAUCAGCCAGUCACCUGCUUUGCAAAACUGACAGUGUCUGUGUUUCUGGAUGCCACAAAGUGAGAAAUGUUCUUGAUGGACUCAAUGUGUCCCAAGGAAACUUGAGUUCUACAGAUGAAGCGUCAGCUGAGGCCUUAAAGUUCAACCCAUUUUCAGAACUGUGCAUAGUGCCUUUGUGCUAAUCCUGCCAAGUUCUCCUCGGGCUUGGCUGUUGGUUGUCUUCCAGGCCCCACUUUAUCUCCUGGAGUUGGGGCUUUCUCUAGCUGAGGUGUUCCAGCCACAGCCAGAGCUAUCUCCACCAAGGGCUGAAAAUUUCCCUGCGCCUUUCCCUUGGCAUUGGCCCAGCAGAGGCAGGCACACAGCAGACCCCCUCUGUUGGUACAGACUGAUGCAGCCCUCCCCUGAAGCUUAGUGCCGGGCGUCCACUGCCAUCCAUCUUCCUAAGCGGCUUGUUCAGCUGGGCUUCCUACUUGUUCUGUGGAUAUUGGUCUCAGAUGCCACCCCAUCAGCGAGCACUCCUCACCAUUUGCCCAGUCCUGAAGAGCCUUUGUGUUCUGGAGGGGUGGGGUGCCCAGCCACCCCAACACUGAUUCCUACUACAGAGUCAUCCAUAUGAUUUGUGCUGUUCUCCUCCAUCCCCGCCAUUACCCUUCCCUCCCCCACAGGCCUUUGAGAGGGAAGCUGCCUUCCGGGUCCUUCAGGCCUCCAUCCUGCAGAACAUCCUUCCAGGGGAGAGCCAUGGGGAUGCAGUGGGCGGUGGCCAGGGAUGUUUUCUGAGUGAGUCACAGAGCCUCCAGCCCCUGGGUAGGACACCCUUUUACAGAGGCUCGCAGUCUUCAAACCUGCCUUCCUGGUCAACAGGCUGGUAUGGCCCCAUGCGGCGAGGUCACCUCUGUGGAUGUUUGUGGUCUGUCUGGCACCAGUCUGAGGGUCAGGGACUCAAUCUCAGUCCUUCCUAGGGUGACCCCUUCAGCAGCUCCUCUGUAAAGGAAAGGCCUGGAAGCCAGGAAGCUGAGUGAGCCAGUAGAGAGGAGAGGCUCGAGCUUUGCCUGGCUUCCCCACUGCCUAGCUCAGCGGCCUUGGGCAAGUCACGUUGAGUCUCUGUCCUCACUUUCCAAAUCUGGAACACAGAGAUUAUAAUAGUACCCACUUCAUAGGCCUCUUGGGAGGAUUAAACGUGUCAGCGUGUGGGAAGUUCCUUGAACAGUACCCGACAACGCCGUGCACUGCCGAUGUGUUGGGUGCUGCUCCCGUUGCUGCCAUUGUCAUUAUCCAAGGCCUGGGGCCGGGGGAUCUUCAUGACAGCACCAGAAAUAGCUCCCUUAAUUCCCUGCUGCCUCGUGAAGCUAGACCCUUCCCUACCUAGUAGAGCCAUUCCUUGGCCCUCAGAGCAGAGGUGACAGGUUCCUUCUCUGCACACGCAUCCACUGCACCCACUCUGUGUGGUGGGUCCUGUGUGAGACCCAGUCCCAUUUUAAGGAAGAACUCAGGACUGAAUCUGCCGAGGUCGGAGCCAGGCCUCCACAGAGGAGCUGGCAGCUGGAAUCAUUGGAGACAAGUAAGAGUCCAGACACCAGGUCAAGGCCAUGUGUCCUCUGGUGUGGGGUGGCGGAAGCAGCAGCCCAGGAGUUCACCCUCACCUGGCAGGACACUAGGCAGAGCAGAGUCGAGGCCUGACCCUCACUGAGGGCCUGGGGUAGAGUGGAGAUAGAGACACAGAGAAGUUGAGACACGAUCAAGAGGCGAUGCUAUCAUGGCCCCACCCCUGGGGGCAAUGAGACAAAUAGCACUGUGGCUGGCCCCUGCUAGGCUCCUGGUCUCUGGAGCAAGCCAGCAAGUGGGGCAGCUUCCCCCAGCCUUCCCAGGCCAAGAGGCCUUUCAGACCAAGAGGAAACCAAAUUGCCCUUGGGGCUUGUUUGCCUGGCUUCCCCACUGCCCAGCUCAGCAGACUUGGGCAGCAUCAGAAACCCUUUAAUUCCAGAAAUGGAGUUGGUGUUUUACUUUUUUACGAAUGCCUUUUUUAUAAAAUCUGUACAUUAUUUUUCAAAAGUGUAUAUGGGGAGCUGAGCAGGUGCAGUCUUCAGGUCUCCCCACAUAGUUGUUUUAGAAGGAAAGUCCUCAGAGUGUGGGGCUCACAUCCUCAUCAUAGUUGUCAUCCUCCUGGUUUUAGCUGAAGCUUGUCACUUUGCAGGGACUUCCCUGUGUGGCCCUCACUUUAUCCUCCCACCUGGCGGCUGGCAGUAGCAUCAUACGAGGUGCAGAUAACAUGUUAAUAAUGGGUUGUUGUGCCUGGACCAGCCUCAGGGUCCACCCAGCCUGGGGCUUCUCCAGGAGGCCAGGUGAUCCUGAUCCCAACCACUGUGGGUCAGAGCCUCCCCAGCUUCCCUUGCCAGUUUUGGUGGAGUUAGGGAUGUCUUUAUCUAGAAAGUCUCCAAACUAAACUUGACCUUCCUGAAAGGUAAGGGUAGAAGUUCUUGCCUGGGGCUCUGUGAACAGAGAGCCCAGCGGGCUGAGCCUCUUAGGUCACCAGCCAAAGAGCAUACACACCCUUGCCCUGGCCUGCCCCUGUGUGGGGGUAACCCCUCCUUGCCGCAGCAAACAGUGAGCUUAUUCUUUGGGGCAUCACUGGUUUCUUCACUAAGCUUCCUGGGACCCUGAUCCCAGCUGAUACCAUGCUUUGAGCAGCUGGGGAUUGUUCAGCUUUAUACGUCCCCACCAGCUCCGGAGAACAACUAUUCCUCACUGGGUUUCAGGGCUGCUCUGUUCACCCAGUGAGCCACCUGCCCAUCAGCCUGAGCACACCUCCACCACUCAUCACCUGGGUGACCUUGGGCAGGUGAUGUCAAUCCCAGAGCCUCAGUCUCCUCCCUUGUAAAAUAGGGAGAGAUGCCUCAUUGGGUCCUCUGAGCUCUGCUGUGCAGCUCUUGGUUAACUGGGUGUGCUAGACUGGUGCCAGCUGUUGUGUGAAGCACAGCAAUGGGUCGAUGUUUUCUGGGGAACAGUAUGGGAAAGGACCGGGACAGGCUGGUGGCACCGGAAUGACAGAAGUGGACAUUCCAUAGUCUCCAUACCACUGGACUGAAGUCCCAGGAAUGCUUUUGAGUUGCCAGUGAGACUCUAGUGCCUGGCUAGGCAGGAGGAUAAGAGAGGGGAGAAAUAAGAAGUCAUUUCCCAACCCCAGCAAGGAGGAGGACGCCGGAGGUGACAGAGGCACUGGGGUGCACAUAGACACUGUUAAAAAUCAGGCAUGGGUCAUAGGGCCCAUUAGAUCAGAGCUCUGAACCUGGACCUAGGCAACAGGGGCCAAGAUGGAAGCUCUUCAAAGAUGUAUGUUGUACUUCCUGUGACAGCCGUUUUUUGAAUGUAGUUGUAAUGGUUUUUAGGGAACAUGUAUUUUCUAACAAUGGAAUUGAGGAUUUUCUUAGGAGGACUUUUUGUUCCUUAAGCUCCCUAUGGGAAUUCUCAGGAGCUGCUAGGCCUGAGGUCAGGAGUGUGGGCAUGAUGUACUGUGAGCUUUCCGCCCCACUGAGAGAUGGCACACCGGUCCCUCAAGGUUCAAGGCCCCUGUUGUGAACCUGUCCUGAAAUCCUGAGACCCACCCCUCCCUUGUCCCCUCUGGAGAGAGCACACACCUGUCCUGUGGCUGCCCUGGGGUCACUCACCUGCUGGGCCUACCUCAAGUCUUCGGAGAAAGUUGGCUUGAGCCCAGAGGCCCAAGGGGUCCAGCGGAAAACCCAGACCAGGAGUCAGAAGCUGCAGCUGCUCAGACCCAGCACUGCCUCUUUGACUUCCCACCAAGGGGAGAUUUUAAGCACUGCCCACUCUGUCUGUCUAUCCCAUGGGGUGGGCAGCAGAGGUCAGCCUCUCCGGGUGGGGGGCAGGACUUCCCCUGGGGCCUUGUUUCAUCUGCCUGCCCCCAGGCCAGGCUCCUCCUUUCUGAGCACCCCUGGAGGACUCCAGGCCGGACCCCAAGGCUGCGAGGCCUGACUGCUUAAGAAUGGGCGCUCAGUGGGUAUGCAGGCAGAGGCCCUGGCCCUGACCCUGGUGCUCUUGGGGGUGCUGCCAGGUGAUCUAGGGGUCUUUUUCACAGAUGCUGGAAAACUUGCCAGUGAGCAGGGAGAGGCUGUUUCCACAAAUAGCACUGCUGUGGAGCUCACCUCCGCGCUGGCUUCGUGGCUUCCUUCGUGGACCCUCAAGAAGCCAGAGGGCUGCUGUACAGUGCUUGGCUGUCCUUAGGAGUAACAGAGGUUCCGGUGGUGUCUGGAAGUUGCAGAAGUCCUGGGUCUUCCUUAGGGCAGGGGGGCGGAACUCGGAGGUAUGUACAGUGACCCAGGAGCUGGGGAGGCUGCUGUAAGGGGGCCUGAUGCAGGCCUGACACGUGGCUUGGUGGUUUUGCCUCAGAAGCCCACAGCAAAGUUAUUUUUGACUCCAGUUUCACGUCUUGCUGCUUUUUAAAAAUACCAAGCCAUGAAAUUCCUGCUCCAACUGUCUUUUUAUGGCACCCAGUGUUUCAGGCUGGCCACAGCAAUGCUGUGAUGUCACGUUCUGGUUCCUGUGACUCAUGGAGGCUGCUGGGCUCUGGGACUUGAAAUGCAUGCAGUGGGGAGCAGGCAGGGAGCAGGCCCGCCAGCCCUGCUUGUUUGGGUCUCUUUGGAGUUUGAUUUUCUUAAAUGUUCAAGUCAUUGCAUUUUGCUGUCCUAACUCAGCAAGGCCAAGGAAUUUUGCCUGUUUGCUUUGGGGAUAGAGAAUGGCCUUAUUUGCUUCAAGAUACCUUAAACCUGCUGUCCCCCUCCCCAUGGUGGUCCUGGAAGUUCCUGUUUGGCGGGCUGCUCAGGUGAGGCAUCUGGUGCCACACUGGCGGGGAAGGUGGCAGUACCUGGUCCUGAUGUGGGCCAAGCUGCCUUACCACUCUCAGGGGUUGUCUCUAUCCCUCUUUCCUGGGAGGUCCUGCUGUUGCUUAUGGAAAUAGACCCCCAGUUUUAUAGUUACACCAUUUUCCCUCGGGAUCAGUCCUCCCAUAUGCACCAAACAGAAUUUGUUGGGAGAGUGUAGAGUGAAAGUCAUCUGGUGCGUCUUCCCAUGAUCCCAGGAAGGCAUAUGCAGCCCUCCUGACACUGUUCCCACUCGCAGGUAGGGCCCUAAGGGUGGUGGUGGGUCGUUUAUGCAAGAUGGGCCUCCUCUCUGCGUCAGCACCUCUAACCAGCUCACCUACUUGCUCCAAAGUGGAUGUGGCCACCCUCCUUGUUGUGGACCUGCAUGGCUGCCCUUUUGGCCAGAGUCAUACUCAGGACAGAUCAAACUUCUGUGUAGGGGUUUGGAAACAAGUGGCUUGUUCUCCUUCUGUUACGAGGCUACUUCCUGGGGGACAAGGGACUCAAGACUGUCUGGUGUGUGCCAGGGACACACUUGGUAGCAGAGGGACUGGGGGAAAUGUCUGUCUGGGCCCCUGGCCUUUCCCCAGCCCUAUUACUAUUUUUGGCAUUUUGCCCAAAGGCACCUCUGGCUUUGCAAAUAUGGAAGGACAGGGGAGCCUGCAUCUUCCCCAAGUCGCCAAUCAGGGCCAGUACCCUGCCUCCCUUGUGGCAUGCAGCCUGCGAGCAGCACUCAAAAGCGGGCAAGCUCAUGUUUGUAGGGGCACUGGAUGGCAACUCCCUUGGGGGUCUGGCAGAAAACUGGUUUUCCAUCUUCUAUCCU